GCUGCAGGUAGAGCCAUCCGGAACCAUGGGAACCCAGGGCCCGGGCCGGAAGAGGAUUCCGAACCGGGACAAGCUGGCUGCGGAGGAGGAUGCGCUGAGCCAGAUAGCGCGAGAGGCGGAGGCCCGGCUGGCGGCGAAGCGGGCCGCCAGAGCCGAGGCCCGGGAGAUCCGGAUGAAGGAGCUGGAGAGGCAGCAGAAGGAGCUGUUUCACAGCACCAAGAAAUAUUAUGGUCUGGAUAACAAGUGGGGUCACAUCGAGCAGUGGAUGGAGGACAGCGAGCGUUACUCUCGUCUCUCUCGGAGACACACCUCGAUCUCUGAUGAUGAGGAGAGAAUGUCUGUGGGCAGCCGGGGCAGCUACCGGCCCUCGGACUACGGCGGCCUCCUGGCCUCCAGCUCUCGGGCCUCCUCCAGGGCCAGCUCGGCCCGGGCCAGCCCUGUGGUGGAGGAGAAGACGGACCGGGAGUUCACUGACAAGGGCUCCAGGACGGCGUCCACGCUGUCCGCCGCCACACUGGCCUCGCUGGGCGGAGCCUCGUCACGCAGGGGAAGCUGUGACACGUCGUUCUCCGUGGAAACGGAGGCCUCAAUCAGAGAGAUGAAGGACUCGCUGGCGGAGGCGGAGGAGAAGUACCGCAGGGCCAUGGUGUCCAACGCUCAGCUGCACAACGACAAGACGGCGCUGAUGUUCCAGGUGGAGAACCUGAUGGAGGAGCUGAGCGACGUGGAGGAGCUGCUGUGGGAGGCCCGGCGCCGCUGGGACGACGCCACCAAGGAGCUGGAGCGUGAGCGCCAGGCCCACAGCGUCCUGAAGGUCCAGUUCAGUCAAACAGAGGAAACUCUGAGGAAAACCAACGAGCUGCUGACGGAAGUGUCUGAUCUGCGUCAGAAGAGCAGCAGCUACCGGCAGGAGAUCUCUGACCUGCAGGAAGCUCUGCAGUGGAAGGAGAAGAAGAUCGCGGCGUUAGAGCGCCACAGAGAAAUCUCCGACAUCGUUCGGAUCGAACGCGACCAGCUCACAGAUGAGGUUGUCCAACUGCGAGACUCACUGAAGACCCAUGGAGUGGUCAUCUCUCCUGACACCGCCACCAACGGCGACACAGACCAGACUGAGGAAUCUCCCUCCCUAUUGGCCGAGGACUCGCCUCACAGCGGGAGAGAGAGCAUACUUGGGAAGGCUUCACAGCAGCAGCCAGCAGAUGGCAGCAAAACCCCUCAAAAUGACCCCAAAGAUAACAAAAGGUCACUGCCACAGAACAUGAUCUCUGUGAGCGACCAAACCAGACCAUCCAGAGAAAAACGAAACCCAACUGAGAAACAUCCAGGCAGAAACCGACAAACACGGAGCAAGGCAGGUAAAAAGGAUCCGACCAAAAAGCUUCCUGUUAGAGCGGACGGAAAUGAGGCAAACAAGAAACAGCUUAGCAAAGAAGAUCCAGCUCAGAAAGUCUUCAGAUCCAGACUUGUUCCACCGCGAUCUGCUAAAGACAUUAUCCUGGGCAACCGAGCCAUGGUGUUGGGCCUGUCAGCUGCUGAGAAACUGAGCUCUCCAUCUGAGGAGGCGAUAACGCAGGACGCCUCUUUGGCUCUGCAAAGUGAAUCUUCUUCCUCUGAAACAAACUUUGAACAAAAGCAUAUGAGUACUUCAGAUCUGGGAUCCCAAAGUCAAGAUGAAGACAGGAAUGCGGAAGAUGAAGUUUCAGGUUUCAGUGAAGAAGGUCCCAGCCUCGAAGCUGCAGCAGAGUCCAACAAGUCAAAGGCUGAGGCUGCAGGUGGUGAAGAAGGCUCCAUCAGGAGGACAGAAGUCAGUCCGGAAACCAAAGUACAUUUCACAUCUCCUCCUGAGAACCAAAGUACUGGAGAACCACUCCAAAGAGCUGCUCAGGUGCACAAAGCUUUCCCUGAAAGCCCAAAGACAACAUCUCCCUUUCCUCCAGAAGAAAUGUGGACCAGUCUGGUGAUGAAUGUUCAAGAUUUGCUCCAAGGACUAGAGGAUAAACCAGGGUUUGUAGUAGAAAUCUCAAGAAUCUUCUCAGAAAUCCUGAUGUGUCUCCACCACUGGAUCUCAGAUUUGGAGAACACACUAAGGAACAGAGUAGGACGUGAGUCCUGUCUGAAUGAUGGAGGUGGACAUGAAUCAGUGUGGCCAUUGAGGGGAACCAGACUCUCCACAUGGCUUCUGACAAGCCUAACCAGAGAAACAGCAGAAGGUCCUGGAUGUGAAGAAGAACAUCUGGCUGGAUGUUCUUCAUCACCAAGAGUCAAUUCAGCCAGAGAAAGGAUGGAGGACCCAUCUGGUUCCUCAAGCAGAGUUUGUUCAACUUCUCAUGAUCAUUGUACCACUAAUGAUGAAAGAGAGAUGAGGUCUAGAGCAAGAGACGUGGAGCUGAAAGCUGAGUCGGAAGCCAGUCCACCUGAUUCUCCUCUAAAAACCGUGUCUGGCGACUUUGUUUUUGUUGAUUUGCAUUUUUCUGAAUCUCACAAGAACUCAACAGACUCCAGGUCUGACAGUCAAACUCAUGUUCUGACUUCUGUCAAAGACUCAAAGGAGCUUGGAGGGAACUGCAGUUCAUCAGCACACUCCAGUGUUGGACAAAGUUCCUUCGUCAGGAGGUUCAUGGAGGUGACCGCUGAGGAAAUCAGGGCCUUGGCUGUUCCUGAGCUGGCUCUGGUGGGCCUCCAGGAGGGACGACGGCUGGACCGGUCCAGUGUUGGUUCUACUGAGGAGCUGUCGGUUGGAGACAUGGACAGCUGUGAGGAGGCUGAUGAAGAAGAGGAGGUCCAACUGCUUCCAUCACAGCAACAGAACCGAUCCACCAUGGAGGAUGAGGUCCAGGUUAUCGCUCCAUCGCUGGGCACCAUGGAACCAGAAACAGAACAUGAAGAACCCGGUCUGGACAGCGGGAAAAAUGACAACACAGAUUGCAAGCUUUCAUGAGCUCAGGAGCGCCCUCUGCUGCUGGUCUUCAUGAACAUCGAACACAUUCAUGUUCAAAUGUUUAUGUUAGAAGAAAACAUGUUGACUGGUAGUUCUGGCUCGAGCCAGAAGAAAGCAGGGACUCACAUCAAGAGUUAGAAUCUGGAAAUCUAAAUGUGUGGAGUGACCGAUGAAGGUUUGGAUGACCGAUGAAGGUGUGAUGUGACCGAUGAAGGUGUGGAUGACCGAUGAAGGUGUGGAGUGACCGAUGAAGGUGUGAUGUGACCGAUGAAGGUGUGGAGUGACCGAUGAAGGUGUGAUGUGACCGAUGAAGGUUUGGAUGACCGAUGAAGGUGUGGAGUGACCGAUGACGGUGUGGAGUGACCGAUGAAGGUUUGGAUGACCUAUGAAGGUGUGGAGUGACCGAUGAAGGUUUGGAUGACCGAUGAAGGUGUGGAGUGACCGAUGAAGGUGCGGAGUGACCGAUGAAGGUUUGGAUGACCUAUGAAGGUGUGGAGUGACCUAUGAAGGUGUAGAGUGACCGAUGAAGGUCCGGAGUGACCAAUGAAGGUGUGAUGUGACCGAUGAAGGUGUGGAUGACCGAUGAAGGUGUGGAGUGACCGAUGAAGGUGUGAUGUGACCGAUGAAGGUGUGGAGUGACCGAUGAAGGUGUGAUGUGACCGAUGAAGGUUUGGAGUGACCGAUGAAGGUGUGAUGUGACCGAUGAAGGUGUGAUGUGACCGAUGAAGGUGUGGAGUGACCGAUGAAGGUGUGAUGUGACCGAUGAAGGUUUGGAUGACCGAUGAAGGUGUGGAGUGACCGAUGACGGUGUGGAGUGACCGAUGAAGGUUUGGAUGACCUAUGAAGGUGUGGAGUGACCGAUGAAGGUUUGGAUGACCGAUGAAGGUGUGGAGUGACCGAUGACGGUGUGGAGUGACCGAUGAAGGUUUGGAUGACCGAUGAAGGUGUGAUGUGACCGAUGAAGGUGUGGAUGACCGAUGAAGGUGUGGAUGACCGAUGAAGGUGUGGAGUGACCGAUGAAGGUGUGAUGUGACCGAUGAAGGUGUGGAGUGACCGAUGAAGGUGUGAUGUGACCGAUGAAGGUUUGGAUGACCGAUGAAGGUGUGGAGUGACCGAUGACGGUGUGGAGUGACCGAUGAAGGUUUGGAUGACCUAUGAAGGUGUGGAGUGACCGAUGAAGGUUUGGAUGACCGAUGAAGGUGUGGAGUGACCGAUGAAGGUGCGGAGUGACCGAUGAAGGUUUGGAUGACCUAUGAAGGUGUGGAGUGACCUAUGAAGGUGUAGAGUGACCGAUGAAGGUCCGGAGUGACCAAUGAAGGUUUGGAUGACCGAUGAAGGUGACGAGUGACUGAUGAAGGUGUGGAGUGACCGAUGAAGGUGUGGAGUGACCGAUGAAGGUGUGGGGUGACCGAUGAAGGUGAGGAGUGACUGAUGAAGGUGUGGAGUGACCGAUGGGGAAAGUAGCUUUGAAUGUGUUGGAAUAACUAAUCUUCUGAUUAUAACAUAUGUAAGUUUCUACUGAGAAGACGUGUUCCUGAAAAACAAGGAUAGAAACGUUUUCAUAUCUGGUAAUAAAUGUUUAUCUGAAUCCUG